UUCUCUCUCUUCCACAUGGAUCAACUCACGAGCUCCCUCGCUCCUGCCUCCGUUUCUCGCAAGAGUGUCGCGGACGCGUCGUCAACCACCGCCCUUGGCAGCGUAACCAAACGCCUCACCAACGAAUUGAUGACUCUUAUGAUGUCGUCUUCUCCGGGUAUUUCUGCCUUUCCCAAAAGUGAUGGAAACUUGUUUGAAUGGAUUGGGACCAUUGAGGGCGCGAAAGAAACAAUAUAUUCCGGUCUUAAGUUUCGCAUAUCCAUCGCCUUCGGCCCAAACUAUCCCUACGGAGCGCCAUCCAUCAAGUUUGAUACUCCAUGCUAUCACCCAAAUGUUGACAUAUCUUCUGGUGCGAUUUGUCUCGACAUUCUUCAGGACAAAUGGUCCGCAGUUUACAGCGUGCAUACUAUUCUUCUCUCGCUGCAGUCUCUACUUGGAGAACCUAACAAUGCAUCCCCAUUAAACCCGGAUGCCGCUGCUAUCUGGAAUUCCCCAACCGACUUCAAAGCACAGCUCAUGAAGCAUUACCGACCAUUGUGA